AUGACUGUCACCAAGUACCCCGCCAAGCAGCACUGGGCCAAGGUCGCCAAGAACCUCGGACUCACCGAGGGCCUCGUCUACUUGAAGGGUGAUGUUCUCAAGGAGAGACACGAUACCGACGUCGAACUCACUUUCAGACAAGAGUCCAACUUUUACUACUUGACUGGAUUCGCCGAGCACGACGGCCAUGUCCUCUACGACUUGAAGACCCAGCAGAUGACUCUGUUGCCCUACAAGCUCCCCGAGGAUCACAUUGUCUGGAUGGGCAUGCCCCCUACCGAGGCCCAGCUUGCCACCAAGUUCGAGUUUGAUAACAUUCGCUGGUCGACUGAGCUCACCGCCGCCAUCAACGAGUCCGGCGCCUCCACCCUCUAUGUUCUUCGCCAGGAGGAUGUCCCCAAGGGCAUCAGUUUGACCGUCGAUGCUGAUCAGCUCAAGGAUGCCAUCGUCACCGCCCGCAUGUACAAGUCUGCCUACGAGAUCGAGGCCAUGCGCAAGAUCAACCACAUCUCCUCCAACGCUCACGUCGCCUUGAUGAAGGCUGCCAAGAAGUCCCAGUCCGAGAUUGAGCUCGACGCCCUUUUCAGAUACGAGACCGCUCGCUUCGGUGCCCGCGCCCAAGCCUACGAGCCCAUCGUCGGUGUCGGCUCCAACGCCGCUACUCUUCACUACGGACGCAACUCUGCCUCUUUCAACGGAAACCACGACCAAUUGUGCUUGGUCGAUGCUGGCGCCGAGCAGGGCUGCUAUGCCUCGGAUAUCACCCGUACCUUCCCCUUGAACGGAAAGUACGCCGGUGACGCCAAGACUGUCUACGAGAUUGUCCUUCAGAUGCAGAAGGCCGUCAUUGCUGCCUUGAAGCCCGGUGUUCAGUGGGAGGAUAUGCACAGACUUGCUGCCAAGAUUGCUGUCGAGGGUCUCCAGAAGGCUGGUGCCAUCAAGGCUGAAUACUCGAUCGAGGAGUUGCUCGAGAAGCACGUCGAUGGUGUUUUCUUCCCCCACGGUCUCGGUCACAUGAUCGGAUUGGAUGUUCACGAUGUCGGAGGAUACCCCAAGGGUGUUGCCCGCAUCCAGGCCCCUGGCCUCCAGUACUUGCGCAUGCGUCGUGAGCUCGAGGCUGGCUUUGUUGUCACUGUCGAACCCGGUGUGUACUUUGUCGAGUUUAUCCUUAACGAGGCCAAGAAUAACGCCGAGAUCUCUAAGUACAUGGACUGGGCUGUUGUCGACCGCUUCGCCAAGGUCGGAGGUGUUCGUAUCGAAGACUGCAUUGUCAUUACCGAGACCGGCAUUGAUAACUUGACCAUUGCCCCCAAGGAGAUCGCUGAGAUCGAGGCCCUUAUGGCCUAA